CAUUCAUUCACAUUGAUUGUCAGAACACAAUAUUCUUCUCCCUUUGCAUACUUUUCUUUAUUGUGCAUUUGGAUUGAAAAAAAUAUGCAAAAGCUUGAUGAGGUGAGCUAUCUCUGGAGACUACCUAGCACUGCCACCGAAGUUAUCAUAGGACUUCUCGAGUACAUACGGCAGUGAUGUUCAUCACUAAGCCAUCAUGAUGGAAUUUUGUGAAUUGGAGUGCCACACUCGAGUGCUCAGGUCUAACUGACUCUAACGUAUAGGCUGGCCUCUUCACCUUUCUCGACUUUAUGGGAGCUAAGAAGCAUGCACAUUUGCCCCAAUCACCGUGGUCAGGAGUAGUCAUGUAGCCAUAUGUGAUCAGUAAGAGCGGCUCGAAUAGGCGACAAAAUCUACCGCAUGCCUUGUUUCGUCUCCUUUUCUUCUCCACAAAGUGGCCGACAACAAGACCGAAGGCUACCACAUCAAUCGUUCGCACCUUCCUUCCUUCUUCCUUCUAGAGCACACGGCCAGAUUGUCCCUGCGAUUCCCAAAGGAUGGAUGGAGGGAUGGAUGGGUGGGUGUUUAAGAGAACAAGAGUAUAAAAGAGCCGACGGUGAUGGUGGUCUGUCAUCCCAGAAGAAGGAGCAGCUUAGCACAUAUAAUAUUGCAACCACCACCCAGUUUUCUCCUCUAACGUGUUUCUCUUGAGACAACUAUUCCAUCACUUGUUGAUAUCGUCUGGUCUGCUCUGCUCUGCUCGGUCCUCCUGCUGCAGUGACGAGAAAACAUUCCGAUGAAGACAUGCCCAUCGUUGUGCUGGUCCGAUGGGGAGGGGGGAACGGGGAAGAAUGCAAGGAGUGGGGGGAGAGUGGUGACAUAGGAAACUCCAAAAGAUAGGCCGAACAAGGGUUCGGCAGACGGAAAUAAUAUAUUGAACGAGACCAAGAGCCCUGGCAACAGUGCUAGCUUGCAUACUACAAGCGUUCUACGACUUCUCUUUCAUGGCCUGCCCGGGCAUCACAGUAGUGGCGGUGGUAGUAGUUGCUGCUGCUGCCGCUGGUCCAGAAGCAGCGACUACUUCCACAAUUGUGUGUUUGUUUGACCUCCAUUAGAUUGGAUAACGCUGUGGUGCGUGCGUGUUCUAUCAUUCACAGAUGUGCCCCAAUCAUUUCCAUCCCUAGUGAGAAAGGACCAGCAACCCUUUCUUCUCUCCCCUCGCAAUGCCCUGCACAAUCGUAGCUCCCGCUUGGCUGUUCGAAACAAUCUAGUCUAUUUUAUAAAUCAUUGGCAGGUGCUGUUUGCAUCCAUCCCGUUUUCCCUCCCUCUUUCUCUCUUGCAGUCUCUCUCUCUCUCUCUCUCUCUCUCUC